GCAAACUCGAGGGCAAACCAAACGUUUUCGCGCGCGCCAACAAGUCGCAUGCGUUCUCUCCUCCGUUCCGACGGGCAGUUCAAGUUCAAAAACGGAAUAUUUGGAUGUGCUCUGCGAUUCGGCAGCGUUGACGCCAAUAUCCGGCUAUUUCAAGUGCUUUUGGCCUGCUAAAAAAAGUCGAAUAAAUUAUUUAAAUUCUUCCCGUGUGUGUUGUGCUGUGCCAUUGCGGUGUAAACAAAAUUUGCCCAAGUGUGGGGUGUGUGUGGAAUGUGGCAUGUGCUCCUCGUGUCCAUAUCCUGUUUAAGUGGCGUCCCAAAUGCGAUGGCUGGAAUCGCUUGAAAACACGGAAGCACUUUAACGCAAAUCUGUACAGAAUCGGUUGCAAAAAUGCAGCAGGCAACGAGCUGUGAAGAAAUCAAAUUAAUCAUGUUGGCUUAAACAAUUUCCGUUCUGUUUGGCAAGGAAUAACAUUAAACGAAGGAAAAACGAGUGGAGCCAGCAGUGCCAGGAGAUUCCCCUGAUGAUAGCCACAGCCAACUUGGUCAGCAUGGAAACGGACUUGGACAUGGACGUGGAUCUGGGUCUGGAUCUGGACAUUCUGGGGGACUCACCGCCCCUGCCCACCCCACUGAACGUCACGCAGGCUCUCUGGGAUCUGGCCAUGGUGGCCUCCUCCACCCAGUGGCCCCUCCUGGACUCCGUGUCCACCGAGAACUUCACCGAACUGGGGGCCACCGAGACGCCCUACGUGCCCUACGGCCGCCGCCCGGAAACCUACAUCGUGCCCCUCCUCUUCGCCCUGAUCUUCGUGGUCGGCGUCCUGGGCAAUGGGACACUGAUUGUGGUCUUCCUCAGUGUGCGACAGAUGCGGAAUGUUCCCAACACCUAUAUUUUAUCACUGGCCCUGGCGGAUCUGCUGGUUAUUGUAACCACAGUGCCUUUGGCCUCCACGGUUUACACAGUGGAGUACUGGCCCUACGGCAGCUUCCUCUGCAGCCUCUCCGAAUUCAUGAAGGAUGUGUCCAUUGGAGUAUCGGUGUUCACACUCACCGCAUUAUCGGGAGAUCGCUACUUCGCCAUCGUGGAUCCUUUGAGGAAGUUUCACGCCCAUGGAGGCGGUCGUCGGGCCACCCGAAUGACUUUGGCCACAGCGGUAUCCAUUUGGCUGCUGGCCAUUCUGUGCGGAUUGCCAGCCCUUAUUGGCAGUAAUCUCAAGCACUUGGGCAUUAACGAGAAGUCGAUUGUCAUCUGCUAUCCGUAUCCGGAGGAGUGGGGCAUCAACUACGCCAAGUCCAUGGUCCUGCUGCACUUCCUCGUCUACUACGCCAUUCCCCUAGUGAUCAUAGCCGUGUUCUACGUGCUCAUCGCCCUCCAUCUGAUGUACUCGGCCAGUGUCCCUGGCGAAAUUCAGGGAGCCGUUCGCCAGGUUCGAGCCCGUCGGAAGGUGGCCGUAACUGUUCUGGCCUUCGUAGUCAUCUUUGGCAUUUGCUUCCUGCCCUACCACGUCUUCUUCCUCUGGUUCUACUUCUGGCCCACCGCCCAGGACGACUACAAUGCCUUCUGGCAUGUGCUGCGCAUCGUGGCCUACUGCAUGUCCUUCGCCAACAGCUGCGCCAAUCCUGUGGCCCUCUACUUCGUGAGCGGCGCCUUCCGCAAGCACUUCAAUAGAUAUCUGUUCUGCCGCGGAGCGAGUGGACGGCGCAAGAAACGCGGCCAGCACGACACCUUCUGCAUGCACCGCGACACCUCGCUGACCAGCACCGCCUCCAAGCGGUACCACUCCCGCCACUCCUGCUACCAGAGCACCAUCCGCAGCUGUCGCCUGCAGGAGACGUCGAUAACGGCGCUGCCAAACGGGGGAAACCAGAAUGGAGCCGGAGUCCCCAUUUCCGGAGUCCCCAUUUCCGCCGUGGACUUGGCCAUGACCGGGGGCCACGCCCCUGGGCGCAAUGAAGCACCGCCGGCCUACGGGUUUCUGCCCCUUAACGAACUUAGCCAGCAGACGCGUUCGCACCCACCGAAAUUCCAGGAAUCCCUGAUGAACUGAAAUCGCGGCCAGAAACAGAGGAGCACACUGGACCUAAACGGAGUUUACAGGAAGCCUAUCCCAAGCACUCUACCAAGAUCAAAAGUAGUUUAGGGCAAACCUUAUUACGUUCAGCUUAAGCUCGAAUUUAAUUUAAAUAAAAUGUUGGCAAGUCGUUAAAAAGUCUGUCAAUUUCAAAAGCACUUUCACUUUCAGAACCUUUGUAUGAUAUAAACUUAAAUUUGAAAUAUGAAAUUGGAAUCUACGAAUAUUAAAACUUGAAUAGGUCUAUGCUUAAAUGUUGCCUUAUGUUUUCUGUAGCAUACUUAUAAGGGUAAUUUAAUCUUUUCCAUUCGCCGCAUUACAUAAGUAAACAGAAAUAGAAACAAAUACUUUAAUUGUUUUUUUUACACUACUUUAUACCAACAAAUUACCUAAUAAUAUUCAACUAAUUCCGACUCAUAAAACUCCAUCAAAGUAGCAGCUAAAGAUUAUUUCUGUAAAACGUUGGCAUCGAAACAAAGUCACCAACUUUCGUACCAUGUAAAUAUAAACCUAACAAAGAAUUUCGAUGUUCUUUAUGUGUGUCAAUGUCAUAGAAGUUAAGCUUAUAAGCUAAAGUAUUGCAGCCGGAACACGGCUUUAAGCUAGCAACACUUCUCGUAUGAAUUAUAUAGAAAAGGUUAAGAAAGCUAAAACAUAUUGUGUACUCUAAAUAACGACUCUGUUUUAAAGCUAAUCACGCAAACUUUGUAAAUACAUUUUUAUGUGCCAGCAUAUAGUUGAAAAUAAAUGUAAAUUGUGCGUUAGAAA